GCCAACGUGUAUGUCUCACAGACCACCCUCCGCUGACAGUGUCUAUCGGUGUUAAUAUAGUAUGGCCUUAUUCAGGCCUUUAAUAUAUCUACACGCUAUUUGGGCAUAUAUAUAACCUAGCUUUAGUUGGCUUCCUAUAUAAACCUACCGUUGUUAGCUUGGUAUGUAUCACACUGUGAUCGGUCUCAAUCUACCUGGCCGGCUCAGCUCACCUGUAUUUAUACCCUCUUGGAUGUAAUUGUAGCAAGACUCUUUCCGCCUGGAUCUAUUUUCGCUUUCCAUUACACGGGUACAGGAGUUUGUCAUUAGGAUCCUCACGCCAUUCUGAGAUCGGUGCCUCUCAAACAUGCCGUGUAGCUCGUUACCAUAUGUCCUGUUCGCCAUUAAUGUUUUCCUGAUGAGUCCAAUCAGAGGGGAGAGAGAAAACUGUUCUGCUCCGUGCUCAUGUACCUACAAAGGAAAUACGAUUGAUGGUUUGGAUUGCUCAAAUCUCAAGUGGAACAACAUCCCUCCCAAAUUCAAUUUCCCAUCUUCCGCGGAACAUUUUUCCAUUGCCAACAAUCGCUUUACAGUGCUUCACAAUGGUACCUUCAGAAACCUGUCAAAACUCCAGUCACUCGACAUAUCUCACAACCGUCUGGCCGUGUUGGGAUACUCUUGCUUUGAAGGAUUGGAAUCAUUGCUAACACUGAAUAUAAGCUAUAAUAAUCUGAAGAUGACAACCAAUGUGUACGCUCCGGGAAUAUUCCGGUAUCUUGAAAAUCUGAAAGUUCUAAACAUCCAUGGCAACAUCAAACAAUCGACAGUAGAUCAAAACUACCCGGAUGUGGCACUUUCUGAUCUCGAGUUUUUAGAAGAAUUGACUAUGGACGGAUUAACAAGGGUUAUAUUUGGAGAAGGAUUUCGGAAAUUAAGAUUUUUGACCUCUCUUGAUAUGUCAGUUCGGGAUGAUGAAAGUUCCUGUGUGUUGCUCGACGUUCUCAAUAUAACGUUCAGCAGUUUGAGUAAUUCUACAUUAUCUGUGUUAAAGCUAGCACAGUGUAAUAUAUACCAUAUCGCACCAGGGGCGUUCGCAAUGCUUAAGCAUCUAACGGAAUUAGAUUUGUCUGAAAAUGAUAGAUUAGGCUUUGGAGGGAUGAAAAACGCAAGCUUUGGAUUACAUUUAACAAAUAUUCAGAUUCUUCGCCUCAAUCGUAUCAAUAGACACAUCGAUCCAUUUACUCUCAAACAAAAAGAUUUUGUGUAUUUCAAUACAACGACCAUUAAAACGCUGACGUUAGAUUCCAAUAUAAUUACGAAAAUAGAAAAUGGCGUCAUAGAUCUCCUUCCAAUGUCAUUGGUGUUUUUAACUUUUCGGAACAAUUAUUUAACGGAUGUACACUUCCUUGUCAACUUAGUUCGCCUGAACAAUCUUUUGGUUUUUGAUAUGAGCUACCAGUUAAAUUACCAUAUCAGAGUGAAAACCGAUCACGAAUCACAAAAUGUUCGCCCCACUCCUUUGUUAUAUAAAGGCAGAAGAGUAGAAAAGGAAGAAAAAAGUGAUGAAAAAUAUAUAAUUCCUUUAUCUAAAUAUGUGGUACGUUCACAACAAGUUGUAAAAGAGCCAAAUGAAUACCAAUACAAUUUGUUACGUUCCAAUAGCCACCAAACUGAUGAUGUGCUCCGUUUACCUGUCAAUGUGCAGAAAAUCUUUGGAAGCAAUCUGAAGCUCAACCCUUUAACUGCCCCACCGGUAACAUUUGAUUCUAAUAAUUCUUUAGAAUAUCUCGAUCUAUCGUCGAAUGGGCUCCAUGCCUGGUAUGGUAAAUGGUCAGGUUUACAUUCCCUUAGGUUUUUAAAUAUUUCCUUUAAUGCAAUGUUUCGGUUAGCUCCGGAUACGUUCGGUGACAUGGCUAAUUUACAUACUCUCCUGCUUAAUGGGAACAGACUCGGUAUUACUAUCAUGCAAGAUACGCAGUUUCUCACAUUUUCCAAUCAAACAAAAUUAACAUAUCUAAAUUUGAGUGAUAAUGGAUUAACCGAUCUGCCAAAAUUCAUCUUCGCCAAACAAAUCAAUCUUGAAAAACUUGAUCUUCAGCAAAACUUUUUGUCAGCAAUUUCUUUUCGAAUGGAAUCGCUGAAAAGAAUGAGAGAAAUCAAUCUGUCAAAUAACACCAUAAUCGACCUUACGCGCGUCAAUAUGGAGGAGAUGGAUCAUUUAGCCAAGCAGUCAAACUUCAUAAUUGUUCUAACUGGAAAUCCCCUGAAAUGCACGUGUGAUCAGUUAGAACAACUCCGGUGGAUGAUGGUCACUGAAGUUGUGUUCCGGAACUUGAAACAUUACAAAUGUAAAGCCAGUAACGGAAGUGUUGUCAGUCUUGCUAGGUUGGAUGACAUGAUAGGACAGAUGGAUAUUGACUGUAUAGCAGGGGAGGUUAUUAUCAUUUGUGUGGCAGUGUUCUGCGGAUUGUGUUUGCUGCUUUCGCUUCCUGCUCUCGCCUACUACAAAAGGUCUCGUCUCAUUUACCUGUUUAGUGUAGGCAGAAAAUUUAUCUCACCGAUUGGAAAAAACAUUCAACAGAGUGAAGACGAAGCAAAUGAUGAGCAUUUAAAAUUCACAGUGUAUCUAUCUUUGGAACCCUCUCGGCCAGUGAAUGAUUUUGUCUCCAGAUUCCAGGUGUACAUGCAAAAUAAGGGCGUAUCUAUGUGUAUACCAGAACUGGAUUUGAUAGGUGGUGGUAAGGAAACAGUAGAUAUAGUUAAGGCUAUGAACAACAGCACGUGUAUUUUAGCUCUGAUUAAUAACGACUACAUGACGUCAUUUCAUCGUCUUUUCGAGUUCGAGGUUGCUGUCACUGAAGGAAUUCAGAACCAGUUUAAUAAUUUGAUCGUUGUUUUAUUAGAAGACUUGGACAACAAUCAUAUGCAAUUGAAUGAUUUUGUUUCUAUGUACUGUCGUGAGAAUCACUACUUUGAAGUUCGUCGGUCCCGGGGUAAUUUGUUUGGUGAAUUGGAGAAUGAAAUAAUUAGAUAUAAGGAAUUUACAAAGAAAAGGCCAUAAUUCUUUCAAUAUAUCAAAAGUUUGGCAUUUAAUUUAUGAUAAUUACGUUUAAUAACUUUGGUAAUGCAAAUAUUCAAUUAUCAACUUCAUUGAUGAAAACACAUAUACUUGGAUAUUUGUUAUAUUAAAAAUGUGAAUACUAUACUUAAUUGAUCUUAGUAGAAGCGCUCUUCAUCGAAUUUGUUGGUAUUGCUGUCGAUAGAUGCCAAGUGAUCGGAAUCUAACGCUUAAAUUACAUAACAUCAGAGAGGUCUAUUUGACUGAUCAACUCUUAACUGCCUAGUUCACAAUCACAGUCGGCAAAUGUUUCUUUAUAAUUCAG